GUCAAGUACGGAUAGGCUCCCUCCCCUCCCCUGCCCUGUCCACCUCCCCCCCUCCCCACUGCCCGCGGCGCCUCGGCUCGAUCCCCCGGCCCCUGCCCGCCGCCGCCGCCGCCGAUCCCGGCCCUCCUCCGCCACCCCGCACUUCACACAUGAUGGAAGCCGACGUCGCCAUUGCCACCCCCGUGCUCCGCCCUCAGGAAUUGUAGCUGAUUGGAUGCUUUCGAGCUGCAGAUUCAGAGCACAUAGUGGUCGUCGUGUGCUCGCGGAGACGUGGGUUUGAAGCAUUGAAGUGUUAGGUGGCUUUUUCAUUGUGUAGCUUAACCUGUAAAACAAGUUGGGUUUGUCAGGAGCUGAUAAGAUGAAGAGCAUUCGAGGAGCACUGUUAUCUCCUUUCUGUCUCUGUGCAGUGGUAUGCCUCAUGGCUCAGAUAGGAGCUGCCAAUGUAGUUCUGAUGGGGAAUAAUCUUACUUUAUCAUUUGAUGAUGUUGAGGCAAACUUUUCUCCGGCAGUAAAAGGGUCAGGCGUUAAUGGCUUAGUUUAUACUGCUGAACCUUUGAAUGCCUGCAGUGCAUUGACAAUCAAGGCAGUCGAGGGUCCACCAUCUCCAUUUGCACUGGUUAUAAGAGGUGGCUGCACAUUUGAUGAGAAAGUGAAAAACGUGCAGGAUGCUGGAUUCAAAGCUGCAAUAGUGUAUGACAACGAGAAUAGUGGAGUUCUGGUUUCAAGUGUAACAGUGGCUGGAAGCUCAAGCGGUAUUCAUAUAUACGCCGUGUUCAUCUCGAAGGUCUCAGGGGAGGUGCUGAAGAAAUUUUCUGGCCGUACUGAUGUGGAGGUGUGGAUAAUACCAACAUUCGAGAACUCGGCCUGGUCGAUCAUGGCGAUUUCAUUCAUAUCACUGCUUGCCAUGUCUGCUGUUUUAGCUACCUGUUUCUUUGUGAGAAGACAUCGAAUAAGGCGGGACCGGCCUAGAAAUCUAGAUUCCCGAGAAUUCCAUGGGAUGAGCAGUCAAUUAGUUAAGGCAAUGCCAAGCCUUAUUUUCACCAAAGUGCAAGAGGACAACUGCACGUCGUCGAUGUGUGCCAUUUGCUUGGAGGAUUACACUGUCGGAGAACAGAUAAGAGUGCUGCCCUGCCGUCACAAGUUCCAUGCAGCCUGUGUGGACAUGUGGCUCACAUCCUGGAGAUCAUUCUGCCCCGUAUGCAAGCGAGACGCAGGUGCUGGAAUGACAGGCCCUCCUGCCUCGGAGACCACCCCAUUGUUUGCUUCCGCGGUUCACCUGCCUUCUCCGUCAUCCUCAUUUCGGUCGAGCGUGGGAGCAUCCCCUCCCAGACCAAUAAGCCGGCGUCCUUCAUCGCAGUCCAUAUCUCGGGUCUACUCUGCUUCCGGCACCCCGCACUCUCUCAACACCCAAAGACCUUUCAGAAACUCAUUGGCCAUGAGCAUAAGCAGAAGCAGCGCAGACCUCGCAAACAUGUCUUCGCCCUACCUCCGCACCUCACUCCUCCGCGGAGGCUCCACACACUCCCUGGUCGGCAACCACCUGUCUCCACCAGUCAACAUAAGUUAUGCUUAUGCCCCACCGCAGAUGUACAAUUCCGGCUACGCUUCGCCCAGCCCGCACGCCGGUUCUUCAUACAUCUCCAAUUCGGGGUAUGGAUCGUCGUCGGGCUACUACCUGGGCUCGUCCAGCCAGCACCGGUCUUCGGCGUACCUGAGGCGCUGCGGGGAGUCGGGGCCGAGCCUGGCCACCAUGGCCCCUCAGUCGCCACAGCAGCAACAGUCCCUGCUGCUGCGCCAUGGCGGCGACUCAGACGCGAGCCUGAACCUGGCAGGCGCGUCGUCGGCCCAGUCCUUCCGACAGUCCUACCUGCGGCACUGCGGCGAUUCAGACGCGAGCCUGUCCGCCAUGGCUUCGUCAGGGCAGUCGUUGCCGGGAUGCUGAUUUUGGCGAGUCGAAGCUCGCUCUGAACUCUUCUUUGUUGUGCGCGAAAGAGACGGCGUGGCUUGUGAAUACAUCCAGGGCGGCGUGAAACUGUAACAUAGGCAAUUGGUUGCCUGAAGAGUGAGCCAGUGAGGGAGAGAGAAUUGCAUAGAUUUGUUCUGGAUUUUUUUUGUUGUGUUUCUAGUCAUUGUGUGGAUUUAUUUUCCGCGCAUAUGGAUGUACAUUACAGGUAUAUAAGACAGCAUGGGGGAUGAUGUUUUUGAGCUU